UUUUUUUUUUUUCUUUUGUUACAUUGAACCCAUUGAUUUAUAUUUCUUGUAGACGCUGUUAAACAAGCUAUAUAAGACCUUUCACUUUAUUCUUAUUUUUUUUUUGAAAAAUUUAUUCAUUCUUCAAUCUCCCCACUCUUUUUUUUCUCUUUGAUUCACCAUCAUGUCUUUCACUCUUUCAGCUUUGAAAACUGCUUCUUUGUCCACUCGUACUCGUUUGAUGCCUGCUGUUGGUUCGCCUUUGAUCCGUUCAUUGCAAACUUCUAGCAGCAACAACAUGGCCACUGCUACCGAUCAACCUCUCAAGAAGGAACCUAAAUAUAAGACCAUUGAAAUCUAUCGUUGGAAUCCUGAUACACCCACCGAAAAGCCUCGUUUGGAAACUUACAAACUCGACUUGAAUACCUGUGGACCUAUGGUUUUGGAUGCUCUUAUCAAAAUCAAGAAUGAACAAGAUCCUACUUUGACCUUCCGUCGAUCUUGUCGUGAAGGUAUUUGUGGUUCCUGUGCCAUGAACAUUGAAGGUGGAAACACUUUGGCUUGUAUUUCCAAGAUUGAUCGUGAUAUCACCAAGCCUCUCAAGAUUUAUCCUUUGCCUCAUAUGAACAUUGUUAAGGAUUUGGUGCCUGAUCUUACUCACUUUUACAAUCAAUACAAGAGUAUUGAACCUUACCUUAAGCAAAAGCAAGGUCCUACUGAUGGCAAGGAAAAUUUGCAAUCCAUUGAAGAUAGAAAGAAGUUGGAUGGUCUUUAUGAAUGUAUUCUCUGUGCUUGUUGUUCUACCUCUUGUCCCUCUUACUGGUGGAACCAAGAAGAAUACUUGGGUCCCGCUGUUCUUAUGCAAGCUUACCGUUGGAUGAUUGAUUCUCGUGAUCAAUUCGGUGUUGAACGUCGUGACAAGCUUCAAAACAAGAUGUCUCUUUACCGUUGCCACACCAUCAUGAACUGCAGUAAAACUUGUCCUAAGGGUUUGGCUCCUGGUACCGCUAUUGCCGAAAUUAAGCUUAUGAUGGCCAAGGAAUAGAUAUUAUAGCUUUCUUUAUUACCCCAAUCCAUCAUUUUCGUUCUACCCUUUUUUUUUCCUGUUUUAUUCUCUUCAUGAUUAUAUACACACUCACUUUUUUUUUUGUUUGGUCUUUUUUAUUUGAAAUAUCCAUGUAUCUUUUGUUUGUACUCUUCAUCAAUAAAAAAAAAAAAAAGAACGAAUAAAAGAUAAAACAUUUUUUUCG